AUGCUCAAGACUAGCGAGCCUGACGCUAUCUUCCACCAGCCUGUUGAAAAAGACGACUACGAGCAAGAUAUGGUUUCCUCUGACUCUGGAAGAUACCUCACUGGCAUGAGGUUGACACUUGUCUGUAUAAGUCUAUGCAUUUGCAUUUUCCUUCCGACUGCCGAAAUCUCCAUCGUCAGCACCUCUUUGGUCACCAUAUCGGCAGACCUCAGCGGCUUUGACAAGAGCAACUGGAUCAUCACGGCAUAUCUUUCUGUCUUCACGGGGCUGCUCAUCAUUUGGGCCAAGAUUGGACAUCAUAUUGGCCUAAAGCCGGCACUUCUCAGCACACUUGUACUCUUCAUAGCCUUCUCAGGCGCCUGUGGAGCGUCAAAGUCUAUCAAUGAGCUAAUUGUUUUCCGUGCCCUCCAGGGCAUCGGUGGCUCGGGCGCGAUGGUGCUCACGUCCACUGCUUUCUUUCAAAUUGUGCCAACCUCGGGCUACAGCAAGAUGAAUGCUAUUCUGUCCAGCACACUAGCCAUCGCCUUGGUUACCAGUCCACUCAUCGGCGGUGGUCUUAGCAAUGGCAAUCACUGGCGUUGGAUCUUUUACUUCAAUCUCCCUGUUGCAAGCGUCGCUCUCAUUAUCCUCGCAUUUGCUUUACCAAAUCGGUUUCCACAUCACGCUGAUCCCAAGCCAGAGAAACUAGACAAGCGCAGCAUUAUGGCCACAGCGAUUAGCUUUCUCUGGGACGCCGACAUUGUAGGCGCGCUUCUACUCUUGGGCACGGUUGUGUUCCUAGUGACAGCGCUUGAGGAGGGCGGGACUGUGAGCUAUGGCUGGGAUUCUAGCCUCAUCAUAGCUUCAUUUGUUCUUUCGGGUAGUCUUUUGACCGCCUUCUUCCUUUGGCAAUGGUGGGCGGGUAAGAGCACAACAGGCGCCAUGCCUUCAUUUCCGCGCAGCUUUACACAUAACCGUAUCUUAUCGGCGGGGUUGUUUGGUGCUUUCCUGGUUGGAGCGCCCAUGACCAUAUCAUCCAUUCAGCUGCCCCAGCGCUACCAGCUCGUUAAUGAAAGCUCUCCACUCGGGGCUGGCGUUAAGUUUCUAGCUUAUGGCGUCCCUUUCCCGGUGGGCGUGGUAAUAACGUCUAUCCUCGCAGGCAGGUUUCGCAUCCCUUUUAUAUACAUCAUUCUUUUAGGGACUGUCUUACAGAUUGUUGGAUUUGCUCUCCUCUCGACAACGCCCAGCACUGUACACCCCUGGCCCGGCCAAUUUGGGUAUAGUGUGAUCACUGGCCUGGGCGUUGGAAUCACGGGAGGGUUGUAUAACUUCCUCAAUCCAUUGUCGAUUGACAAAAAAGAGCAGUACCUGGCCAUUGGUGCGGGUGUUCAAGCUCGUAUGCUCGGCGGCUCGGUUGGCAUCGCUGUGGUCAACAGUAUAUGGGUGAACUACGUACGAGUACACCUGAAGUCGAUGCUCACUGAAGCUGAAGUCAACGCUCUGCUCACAGACCUCGGAUCACUGAAAGCCUUAUCUCCCGCCGUCCAAAAAACAUUCCGAACUGUGUGUAGCGACGCUUACAACCUGCAGAUGCUUGCCACAUUGGGCUUUGCGGCUGCGCAUGUCAUUGCCAUGGCCGCUCUUUGGCGACGGCCAGCAUACCGACUAGUCAUUUAA